UGUUUACACAACACAGCAAAGGAUACAAUGGCAGAUGUUUUUUUAAACAAAGUUGGACACUAUCAGGCAUUAAUGUAGGAGAUAUAAGCUUUAAAGCAGUAAUAUUUUUUCUAAAGGAACGGGACCAAAUAAAAGAAUGGAGUUUUCAUUCAAAUUAUUGGUAUGGAUGCUUUUUGUUUGUUUGUUUCACUUUUGAGAACAAACAAUAAACAAGUCCGUCCAAUCCACACUCCAACGUAGAAGGUGGCGAUAAUGUUGUUUGUCAACCCCCAAAAAACUAAAGAAGAAGAAUAAGGACGUCGGAUUCCGUCUUAAGGGGAUUAGGAGCUCUUCGCUCCUCGGGCUUCUCUGCUGUAACCGGACACUGGAAGCGGAACCGGGCCGGAGAUGAGCCUGGACUACAGCGCCUGGGACCACAUCUACGUGUCCGACGACGAAGACGCCACCAGCCCGUUCGUGGACGCGCCGAGCCUGUUCCGGAUGCGGCACCGGACCCGGCUGCAGAAAUCGUCUGAGAUUCAGCAGCGCGGUGAGGAUCUGAGGAACAACUUUGCUGAAUGCAGGAGGCUACUGGACGAUGCCCAACAGCGGCUUAGAGCGCUCGAGGAGGGGAGGAGAGCGGGGGACGCGGGGGAGGAGAGAGAGGCCGAGCUGAGGAAGGCCGAGGCCGAGGUGAGCAAACUGAAGGAAGACGAGGAGCGCUUCGAGGAUUUGGUUGAAGAACACAUGCGUGAAGCCAAGAGGAUGCCCUGGAACGUGGACACGAUCAGCAAAGAAGGGUUCAGCAAGAGCGUCCUCAACAUCAAACCUGCUGCAGAGCAAGAGCGGCGCGGAAGCUUUGUGGAGAAGUAUGAGGAGGAAAUCAAACACUUUGGGAUGCUGCGGCGCUGGGACGACAGUCAGCGCUACCUGUCCGACCACCCACACCUAGCGUGCGAAGAGACGGCUCGCCACCUCGUGGGCGUCUGCAUCGAUCUGGAGGUGGAUGAGAAACAUGCACUGAUGGAGCAGGUGUCUCACCAGGCCAUCGUCAUGCAGUUCAUCUUGGAUUUGGCUCGAGCGCUGAAGCUUGACCCAAGAGGCUGCGUCGGACCGUUCUUCUCCAGGGUCAAGAUGGCAGACAAAGCGUACCGGGACGCCUUUGACCAGGAGCUGGAGCUGCUGAGGGAGCGGGUCCGCAGCUGUGCUCAAGCUCGCGUGGAGGAGGCUGCGAAGGAGUUGGAGGAGGAGGAGCGGCAGAGGAGGCUGGGUCCUGGUGGUUUAGACCCAGUAGAGGUCUACGAGUCACUGCCGGAGGAACUUCAGAGAAGCUUUGACAAGAAAAAUAUCCAGAUGUUGCAGGAGGCUAUAAACAAACUGGACCCUGAGGAAGGAAAAUACCACUUUAAAAGGUGCAUUGACUCAGGGCUGUGGGUCCCUGACUCAGGAGAGCACAAUGAUGAUGAUGAUGAUGAUGAUGAGGAAGAAGAUGGUUAAGUAAAAGCUAAAUGAGCUUCAGAGGUCAGUGCAUAUGUUUUCAGUAGCACCAGCUUUAAUGCCACACUCCGUCUGUAUGUUCUGCUUGUGUCAGCACGAAGUAACAAAGUAGAGGAAUCUAUUCACAUUUUACCAACUAAUUAUAUUUAGACUGUUCUUGCAGUGAUAUGCACUUAAAUAAUAUGAUCUACAGUAAUAUGUCACAUGUUGUGUUUAAUUAUUAUUGAUUAGGUCAAUGAAUUAAACAUGCAGCAUCUAAAGAGCCUUUGGACAGUGAAAUUAGACCAAAACCAUCAGCAUGAUGACGACUAUAUCACAGACCUUCAUCAGACGUUUGGAAAGUAACAUCCGACCCGAUAGUUGAAGGCCACUCUUCAGCGCUUUCAUUUAAUCAAAUCCUUUUUAUUUAAAGGAUCUUUAUGACAAAACAUUGAGAGGUUGACGCCUAAAAUUAGCAGGCAAAUAUUUCAAAUUCUGAAAAGAUUUCUUUCACGUUGGCCACGCUGCACAUGCUGCUCUACUGUGAUCAACAGCGCCCCCUAAAGGUCGUAUAGAGACACGGCACGUAAACUACGUCAAUCCUCCGCGAUGAACAGUCAUUCUUCCUCAUCUUUUUUAUCAUUGGCCAAUUUUAAGCCCCUGAGAGAAAGCGUUUUCUACUGUUGCUAUCAGUUUCUGAGCAAAGCCAGUAAAGGUAGAAUUUAAUUACUGCAGAUACAAAUGUCCAAUAAUUUCAAUAAUUUUUAAUCAAUACAUUAAUCGUUCUGAACAUAAAUAAAUCCACUUUUUCAAUUGCUUUAUAAAGAACAAUAAAAAACAGCCAAUUCUCUCUGGAAGAAGAAGCUGGAACCUCAGAUGUUUUUACUUUUUUGCAUAAAAAAUGAAAGUAAUGAGCUGCAGUUGAAUCUCCUAUAAAUUGAUCCAUCCAUUAGUGAAUCACGUCAGCAUCAACAUGAUCAAUAACAGUUUGUUCUUCUGAACGCGUGUCCAAAUAAAACUCUUUUGUGUGCGCUUGUGUGUGUGUUGCUGCUUUUUAAUUUAAGAUGUUGCAAUAGUUGUGUGUUUGUCAAAGGCUUUAACAACGUUGUUACAUGUUUUUUUAAUCACUGUAGUUGUCAAACUGCUUUUGUAAGUUGUGUUGUGCAACUUGAGCAAUAAACUGUCUUCAGUCAGA